AGGCGGCCGUGCUGAUGGAGGCCGUUCCGGAGCUGGAGCUGCGGACGCCUGUGCAAGGACAGAAGACAGCGGAAAGGCCGGGCCCGGACUCCGGUUUGGACUCCGGUUAUGACUCCAGCAUCCGCUGGCGUCCGCAGCGCCGGCAGGACUCGCCCGAGGCUGUGGUGGGAAAGUUCUCGCUCUCCGGAGCCGAGUGCGAUUCCGGCCCCAGUAGCUCCGCAGCCACCGCCUUGGAUGCGGAGGGACGCGCAGAAACCUCCGGCUGCAGCCUCCUGGCGAAGGCCGAGCCGCCUGCGUGCGGCAGCUGCUCCCCGCUCGGCGACGGCGGCGGGCGGCUCCCCCGGGGCAGCGACGGGCAAGGACAGACUCCGAGCCCCCAGCGCCUGCCGCUGAAGCGCCGUUGUGGUCAGUACUCCAACAUCCUCUGGAAAGUAAUAGCUGGUGUACAGACUGUGGUUAUUUUGGUGUUGCUUCUGACAGGAACCUUCUCUCCACAGGUCAGGCAGUGUCCAGAAGACUGGAUAUGUUUUGGAGGGAACUGUUAUUAUUUUUCCACUGACACAAAGAGCUGGGAUGCCAGUAAGGAGUACUGUGCCUCACAUGGUGCAACACUUCCUGUGAUAAAAGAGAAACUGCAACUGGAGAACAUCGAACGCUUGAGACAGAACCAUUACUACUGGAUUGGGCUAAGAAAGGAAGCAGCAGAAUGGCAGUGGGAUGAUGGAUCUCCAUUUACUAAUGAUGUCAUCCAAUUGGAAAAUGAAGAUGCGAAGCUGAAGUGUUCUUUCCUAAACAGUGACAAAAUUGUUACUGUAGAUUGCACAUCUUCAAGACGCUGGAUCUGUGUCAAAGAGUCCAAAUGAAUAGUAUUCAUCUCCAGUGAAGGGUUCGUUAAUAGUGCAAAGUCAUUGAGCCCUGGUACGACUGACGCGUGCUUGACAUGAAUGCGUGCGUUGCAAGUUAGCAACUGAAGCAAGAACUUAAGGUCAAGGACUAUUAGAACUCUUUGUGCAAAAACAAUCUUAUGCUCCGAGGAAAAAUACUGAAAAUCAUCAGAAAAGGAAAUAACACCAGCUGGACUGAUAUAAAAUUGUAUAAGAAUUGGAGGAAAUGGCAUGUCUUGGAUCAUGGCAGCCCACCCAGGAUUGUCUCUUUGGAGUUGUGUGGGUAGAAGGCCUAAUAAACAAAGGCAAAGGACCGAUGACGCAACAGAAUGGACUAUGAAUGGGUGCCUAUUUUUUUUUUGCAAAUCGGAGUCGUUUAUUGAUCCAGAGAACCAUGUGGAUAUAGAUGUGAUUUUCACCAGCUCCCCGCAUCUUAUGAUCUUAUCCUGAUGGAAGGAACCUCGACUGGCCAUUGGGAGCAUUCUGACUUUUGGACUCCGGUAUAGUAUGUUUGGGGUGUGAAUGUGGAGUGAGUAAGGUUUGUUUUGUAAUCAGUGAAGAGCAUUUAGAGUAUUAUAUACCAACACUGUGUCUGGUAUCUGCUUGCUCCCCAUCUCGUAGGGAGACCUCUAUUACAGGUCUAACACUUAGGUAAUUUACAGACACAUAAAAAGAUUACAUUGUUUAAAAAAAAAACAAACAAAAAAACCCACAAUGUGGGGGGAGAGAGAGUCUCAGGAUGAGCCUUUCCCUGCCAUUUGUAUUUUCUCUUCUCUGUCUUGCCUGUUGUUUUGUUUUUAGCCAUUGUCCAUGUCACUUUUUUAGUUUUUAUCUCACGCCAUUUGCCUCUUUGUCAGUGAUAUUAUUUCUAAGAAGCUAGGCAACAGUUACAUACUAGGAAUUUUGGUAAUCUUUAAUUUUUUCUUAGGAAUUCUGCCCUUUCCUCACCAUUUACCCUACUAGAACCUUUGGCUCCUUGGUUAUAUGACUUUAUAACCUUUCCCUGCUCUUCCCAAAUGCUCCUGCUACCUCCUCCCCGUGCUUCAACUACAUCACUCACCCCUUGAAACCCUCAUUUUGUUGUUAACAGAAAAAAGUCUGUCUGGAUUUUUUUCUUAAUUUCUAACACUGACAAGGGAUUAAGGGGAAAAAUAACUUUUGUUUUGUGAACAGCAUUUUAUGUAAAUUAAUGUUCACUCUUUUCCCAGCAAUUUGUGUGGAUUUUUCCAACAGCAACAGGGAGAAAAACUUUUACUUUUUUUUUUUUUAAUUGACUAGAUUUCAAGUUCAUGUUACCCACUUCAAUUCAGUCCAUUUCAGAGAUUUGGGUGUGUGUGUGUGUGUGUUUGUUUUAUAAAUGUACUUGAAUCUAUAGCAGGAUUUCCAAUUUACCACAGACACAAGAGUUUUGUUGCAGAAUUCAGCUCCCACUUGCUGGGCCUUCCUUAACAUAAAAUGCUCUAGAAAGCCAAUUAUAACUUAAGUGCUAUAUCAUGGCUGUUUUAAGGCAAUGGUUCUAAACUUCUUCUAUACAGUGAUCCUAUGUGAAAACAGAAACAAUUUUCAAGAUCCUCCUUCUAUCUAGCUAUAAAGAAGGGAACGGUGGUUGCAACUUCCUGAAACUUGUUUGUGACCUGACAAGGGUCACAGCUCCCAGGUUGAAAACCUGUUAUCUCAGGUAUCUGCCGUUAUCAAUCUGUGUAGCCAGGGGUGAGUUCCAGUGCCAUAUCUUGAAUCUAUUGUUAUAAUUUUUACUAAUUGUUUGUUCAGCUUUAGAUUUCUGGGUUAUUUGCCAGACACACUUCGGAAGCUAGGAUCACGCUCCUCUGACAAGCUGGAAAAUCAAUUCUAAAUCUGCAAAGUCUACAACUCUAACCUGCCUAGAAACCCAAAUUGCAUAUUAAGGCCAUGUGAGAAUAGAUGUAGUAUGGUGUUUAGGAUCCUCAUGUUCCACUGAAGGUACCUGGCAGUAUUAGACACUUUUAAACAGUUGGAUACUUGAAGUUUGUAUAUUUUUAACACAACCCUUUUACCAAUAACUAUUUUUUAAACUUGAUCAUGUACACUUUUCUCAAUGUAUUCAUUAUUUUUAAUUCAGAAUGUGAAGCAUCUUUCAGAACAGGGAGGGACAAAAAUGUAUAGAAGUA